AUGUUUGACACUAUGAAAUUCAGCUCGUUGCUUGCGAACGCCGCCGCCGUGUUGGAGAUGGCAUCGCUGGCGAUGGCGCAGGAGAAGUGCGGCAGCGAGGAGCCGGGCGCCGAAGCGUAUCAGGCCGCCGUGAGCUUGCGCGCCGUUCAACGCGCCGAGGGCUUGUCGGCCUAUGUUCUUGCCAAGCGUGCAAAGGGUCUGCUCAUUAUGACAUAUCUGCAUGUUGUCGAGGACGAGGCUCAUAGGGGGCCCGCAUCAAGGAGAAGGCCGAGGCCCUCCGCCAAGGGCGCCUACGACGACCUCAACAUAUACUUCGAGACAGGGUUCAUGAAGCCCAACUCCGUGACCGGCCUGUGCAGCUUUCCAGUCGAAGACCCCUGGAAUACGGGCAUCAACGGCACGUCGUGGUACGCAUAUGACGGCUGCCACGUCAGCGCCGGCACCAUGCCCGGCGGGCCCGGAUAUCCCUGGGACGCGGGGGACAACCUGGGCAAGACGGCGACACACGAGGUCGGGCACUGGCUUGGCCUCUUUCACGUGUUUGAGGGGUUCGAUUGCGACGGUGAGGGGGAUCUGAUCGACGACACGCCCCCGACAAAGGUUGCCACGUCUUUCAGAGUUUACGCCUUUGCAGGAGGAGCGAAUGUAUCUGUCCUUUAA